AUGGAUGGGGCCGUUCUGGAAGGAGUCGGUCAAGUGAUCAGGAACUGCUCCGCCUAUGCUGCUAUCCUUGGCACGUUCGUUUACCUUAAGAAUAUCAGAGUGAGAAGACAUAGACCUGGGUUGAGGCUGCAGUAUGUGGAAGGGUUGGAGGUCGUUGCUAGAUUCUCAAAUUGUGCUCUGCAGGCCGCUGCUACCUCUCUACUGCUUCAAGUAGCAUUGCCUGUACUGUUUACUUCAAGCGCUAGGGAUUUGCUUUUCACGGGUGAAGCGAGCGUGGUUAUCUCGCCUUCCGUCGAUUACAUGAAGUUUUUCAAGGUGUCGGUAGAUAUUAACAUUUUGCUGCGCGAUUUCAUUCCAAGAAGUGACUCUCUCUGUUGGGAUCAGGAUAAACCCUUCAGAGAUGUUGCGAAACAUUUGCUUGAUAGACAGGGCCCUGUAGUGGGAGUUUCCUUGAUACUCUACGGCUACAGUAAAGCUGAUCAUUUAUUCAUCGACGAAGUGCGAAACUCUUUAUUGGAAUCAUUGAAAUCACAAGGGUUAGACAUGGACGUAGGCUUCAUGGACGAUAUGCAAGGGAUGGAAGAUGAAGCUGCAUUGGUAUGUCAACUCUUGAUUUAUGCAGAGACGUCCACGGGAUGCAUUCUUGGAGCCAGUUCGAGGUCAGGAGAUCAUCACGAACUUGCUAAAACCGGAGAGUUUACGUUCGCUGCAGUGUCCGAUUUGGGGAAGCAGUUGGAAGAUGGAGAUUGCACUGAUGAGUAUCUGCAGGACCAGCUCAUCAUCUUCAUGGCCUUGGCGGAUGGUGUUUCCGAAAUUGUGACUGGACCCGUUACUGACCACACUAAGCAUGCACUUCAUUACGCCCAGAUCAUGAUAGACGCUAAAUUUGAAGUGACGCCUCAAGAUGGUGGCAAAAAUUUGAUAGGAUAUGUAGGGAUUGGUCACUAG